AUGAGUGAGGAAACACCACAAUCGCAAGAGAAGCCGGUCCAAUCAUCCAAUGGCUCACAAGUGCCAGCAAAAGAAGAGCCUGUGGCUAAAGCACACGACAACAAGGAAGAAGAAGAGGAACUGUCCGAGGAAGACUUGAGGCUCAAGAACAACCUAGAAAGUUUGGUAGAAAGACUGACAGAAGACGACGCCGAUCUCUAUGAACCAUCGCUGUCGCAAUUGAAGGAGCUAAUCCGGGACUCCACGAGCUCCAUGACAGCGGUUCCUAAACCGUUGAAGUUUCUUCGUCCAUCUUACCCUCAACUCUGCGGCGUUUACGACAAAUGGACCGUGCCCAAGCUGAAAUCAUUAAUGGCGGACACUUUGUCGGUCCUUGCAAUGACAUACUCAGAUGAAGGGAAGCGCGACUCUUUGCGCUUCAGGCUACUGUCAGACGAGAAAAAUGUCGAGAGCUGGGGCCACGAAUACGUGCGGCACUUGGCGCUUGAAAUUGGCGAUGUCUACAAUGAACAAGUAGAAAAAGAAGCUGGAGAUUCGUCGGAAACGUCUCCCGAGCCUUCUUCCGCUGGGCACAGAGGCGUGGAAAACGCCUCGAAAGAGUCCCUUAUUCAACUAUCACUAGAUAUAGUACCAUACUUUUUGAAACACAACGGCGAAGCGGAUGCUGUUGAUCUACUUCUGGAGAUAGAGUCUAUUGACAAGCUUCCCCAAUAUGUCGACGAAAACACUUUUCAGCGCGUCUGUCAAUACAUGGUUGCAUGCGUUCCUUUGCUGCCUCCACCAGACGAUGUUUUUUUCCUACAAACCACCUACUCAAUCUAUCUGAGCGAAUUACAAUUAACUGAAGCGCUCGCUUUGGCUAUCAGAUUAGACGAUGAGUCUUUAAUUAGGGCAGUCUUCGAUGCCACUUCCGACCCGGUAGUUCACAAGCAACUUGCAUAUAUUCUUUCGGCCCAGAAGUCGUCGUUUGAGUACGACGGUGUCCAGGAUAUCAUUGGGAACACCAAGCUCUCCGAGCAUUUCUUAUUUUUGGCCAAGGAGUUGAAUUUGACAGUACCAAAGGUGCCUGAAGACAUAUACAAGAGUCAUUUGGAUAACUCCUCCAAAGGGGUUUUCGCAGGCACGGGUCUUGAUUCCGCCCAACAAAAUUUGGCAGCAUCAUUUGUCAAUGGAUUUUUGAAUCUUGGGUACUCAAGCGAUAAACUUAUUGUUGGUGACGACAAUUGGGUCUAUAAAACCAAAGGUGACGGUAUGACUUCCACUGUUGCCAGCAUAGGAUCCAUUUAUCAGUGGAAUUUAGAUGGCCUGCAACAACUGGACAAGUACUUGUACGUGGAAGAGCCUGAAGUCAAGGCUGGUGCUUUGUUAGGUAUCGGUAUUUCUGCUUGCGGUGUACACGACGGCGAAGUGGAACCGGCUAUGCUGCUGUUACAAGACUAUGUCACAAAUUCAGACAAGAAAAUAAGCUCUGCUGCGAUUCUAGGUCUUGGCAUCGCGUUUGCUGGUAGUAGAAAUGACGAACUAUUGGGAUUGUUGCUGCCAAUUGCCGCCGACACUAACUCACCCAUUGAAACAUCAGCCAUGGCGUCUUUAGCGUUAUCGCAUGCAUUUGUUGGUACUUGCAACGGUGACAUUACCACUGCUAUAGUUGACAACCUUUUGGAGCGCACCGCUUCAGAACUGAAGACCGAAUGGACAAGAUUUUUGACGUUGGCUCUGGGGAUUUUGUAUUUGGGCCAAGGCGAUCAAGUCGAAGAUGUGCUUGAAACAAUAUCAGCAAUCGAUCACCCGAUCACUUCAGCCAUCGAGGUGCUGAUCAAUGUUUGUGCAUAUACUGGAACCGGAGAUGUCUUAUUGAUUCAAGAUCUGUUACAUCGUUUAACCCCUAAAAAUAAGAAGGAAGAAGAGGAAGACGAGGACGAAGAGGACGAGGAAGGAGGAGACUUCGAGGGAGCCAUCGAUGAAGAGCUUACCGAAUCGUUGAACCUAGGUAAGAAUGAAGAAACUGAAAAUGAUGAGUCCAUCAAGACAGAGGAUAAAAUGGAUGUCGAUGAUGACACUGACAAGAAAACAGAAAAAGCUUCUGAAGAAGAAGACGCCAAGAAGAAAGAAGAAGAGGACAAGAAGCAGCAAGAGGAAGAAAAAGAAUACGCUUUGACUGAUGAGUUAACAUACGCCGUUUUAGGUAUUGCUAUGAUUGCCAUGGGUGAGGAAAUUGGUAAAGAAAUGUCAUUACGUCAUUUCAGUCAUUUGAUGCAUUACGGUAACGAACACAUUCGGAAAACUGUCCCAUUGGCCAUAGGUCUUUUAUCGGUUUCCGAUCCUCAGGUCAAAAUUUUUGACGCGUUAUCCAGAUUCUCUCAUGACCCAGAUUUAGAUGUGUCCAUGAACUCUAUCUUCGCAAUGGGCCUAACCGGAGCGGGAACAAACAACGCUAGACUUGCACAAUUGUUGAGGCAACUGGCAAGCUACUAUUCACGAGAACAAAAUGCACUAUUUAUUACCAGACUAUCGCAAGGUAUGGUGCAUCUCGGAAAAGGUACUAUGACAUUCGAUACUUUCAAUGAUGCUCGGGUUCUCAAUAAGGUCACAUUAGCUUCUUUGCUAACCGUACUAGUGGGUUUGGUAACACCGUCGUUUAUGUUGGAUCAUCAUUAUCUGUUUUACUACUUAAACAGUGGUGUGAGACCCAAGUACAUCAUGACCUUGAAUGAGGAAGGAGAGCCUAUCAAGGUUAAUGUUAGAGUUGGCCAGGCUGUAGACACUGUUGGGCAAGCUGGUAAACCUAAAACGAUCACGGGAUGGAUCACACAUUCUACUCCCGUCCUGCUUGGUCAUGGCGAGAGAGCAGAACUUGAAACGAAUGAAUACAUAAAUUAUGCCAGUCGACUCGAAGGCGUGGUCAUUCUGAAGAAGAAUCCAGAUUACCGCGAGGAAGAGUAA